AUGCAGGUGCGCAACGCUCAGAAGGGGGGCGCCGUCGCAGCCAUCAUAUACAACGACGGCCCCGAGGACGCGCUGCCCAGCAUGGAGCUGCCCCCUGACUCCGAGGAGCCGGAGAUCCCAUCCGCGAUCAUAAGCAUACGGGCAGCCAACGAGAUCUUCGAGCUGAUGAAGGCGCACCCUGGUGGCGGCGUGAAAGCUCGGAUGAGGGGCAGGCGGGCGACGGUGUUUGUGCCCGGGGCCCCGUCCUGGCCGCCCCCGGGCCGGCUGGUCGUGCUCUCCGGGACCAGCGACCAGAUCAGGUCAAAGUGGGACGCCACAAUCGCGUCCAUGAGCCCGGGAGAUGUUUUGCAAAUCUCUCCCCAGGGGGGCGCCCUCGAGGUCCCCCGGGCGCAGCCGCUUGUCGUGCCCAUCGCCAUCACCCUCACCGGCGCGCCGCCACCGGCCGAUGGGGGCGAGGGCGCGGCGGGGCCGCCGGGGGCGCCGCGCGGCGCGGCAGUGAUCAAGUGCGGGCCGGAGACGGAGGAGGCGCUGCACAUCAAGGCUCCCGGGGCCGCGCUCCAGGACUUUCUCGUAACCGGCUGCGACGGCGGCGCCGCCGUCGUCCUCAAGCGCGCCGCCCCCGGCCCCGGCAUGACGGGCGGCGCCGUCUACCCCAUCGCGCACCCGGUCCGGGUCCGGCGCGUCACGUUUGCCGACUCGCGCACGACGGCGCUGCAAAUGGAGGCCGGCACCGGCGCAACCAUUACCAGAUGCAGCUUCUUACGUAAUGGUGACUACCGAGGGGAGCUGGACAUCAGCUACCCGGCGCUGCUGGGUUACGAGGGCACCAACCUGGCGAUAAAUAGCAGCUACUUUGCCGGCAACCGCAACACCAGCCUGCACUUCCAGGGGGAGCUGCUUGAGGUGAAGGGCUGCAGGUUUGAGCACAACCUGCAUUCGGCGAUCGAGGUUGACUUCUUGCAGCCGCCUGUCGCUCUUUACAACCUGUACAAGGGCAACCCCACGCCGCCGCCGCUGUUCGGCACGGCCUGCAUCGCCGGCUCCUCUUUCCGCAACAACUCAGCGCCCGACCACGCCGGCGGCGCGGUCUACGUCCGAAAGAGCGGCGUCGUCUCGAUCGACCGCUGCAACUUCACCGAGAACUUUGCGGCCAUGGGAGGCGCCGUGUUCGUCGAGGAGGGCGCGUGGCUGGCGCGGCUGACGGGCAGCCGGCUGGUCGGGAACGAGGCGCGCGCGUACGGCGGCGGCGCGUUCGUGUACGCGUCGGGCUGCCAGAAGCUGAGGGACGAGCUGGGGGCGGAGGACGUUUCCGAUGACUGCUUCAUCGUUUUCGACGGCCUGACCGCCAUCAACAACACCGCCGCCGACGGCGGCGCGCUCUACCUCGAGCCGUCGCCGGACAUGCGCGCGAACUUCACGGCGGGAGAGUUCACCGGGAACUCCGCGCACGGGCAGGCGCCCGCGGACGCGGCCGACGUGUGGCUGCGGGUGAUGCAGGACCGUGACAGGCGGUCGUGCGUGGAGGACCGCGGGCGCACGCCUGCGGGGUGGGGGGGCGCGGUCUACCUCGGACUCAGCGGGUAUGGCAGCUCGUUUUUUGAGGACGUCCAGUUCAGCGGCAACCGCGCGGCGCGCGGCGGCGGCGCCGCGCACGUCUGCAGCCUCUCGCCGAGCGCGGGCGCGUGGGCCGCGCUGGGGCUGAAGCGGGCGGAGCUGGACGGCAACUGGGCGGGGGAGGAGGACGGGAGCGUGCCGGCGGGGACGCAGGGCGGGGCGCUGCAUGUGGCGGGGAACCACCUGGAGACGGCCCUGGACCGGUCAAACUUCACCAGCAACCGCGCAGCGCGCGGCGGCGCCGUCAGCUGGUCGGUCAACCGCGGCGCGUUCGGCCUGGCCAGCUUGGAAUUCAUGGAUAAGCUGAGGCGCGGAAAGGACGACGAAUCUGACGCUGGGCUCAACGGCUGGCCGCUGCUGCGCUGGCCCGCCGUGUACCGCGGGCGCGCGGGCUACUCCCCGGCGCCCCGCAGCCGCUUCGAGCGCAACGCCGCGGAGCGCGGCGACGGCGGCGCGCUCGCGCUGGCGGGGACGGGCUCCGCGUUCCUGCUGCUGGGCGCGACGCUCGCCGACAACAACGCCGCGCUUGGUGGCGGCGCCGUCAGUUGCUUUUCGGAUGGGGGGGAGCUGCUGAUGGUCGCGUCAAUGAUCAACAACACGGCCGCCGCCGUCGGCGGCGGCGGCCUGCUCGCCGGCGGCGCCGGGCUCAACGCGACGCUCACAAAGACGCGCGUCACAGGCAACCGCGCCGCCGCGGCGGCGGGCGCUGCGGCCGGGGGCGGGUUCUGCUGCCGAGGCUGCGCCAGCGUGCGGCUCGAGGGCGCGGCGUUCAUCCGCAACGUCGGCGCCGCGUUCGGCGGCGGCGCGGCGGUGCUGCGCGCGACGGGCGGCGCCGUCGUGGAGGGGUGCGAGUUUCGCCAGAACCUGGCAGCAACGUCCGGCGCCGCCCCGGCGGGCCGCCGGCGCGCUGCCCUGCGCCGCAGGGGCACCAGGCUGCUGCUGCAGGCCGCGCCGGCGGCGGCGCUCGGCGGCUUCGGCGACGCCGCCGGCAGCGGCGCGGCGCUGGUGUCACUGGGUGACGUGGUGGUCGACCCCGCCAACGUCACCGGUGACGACAUGCUGUACCCCGGCGGCGGCGGGCUGUACGCGUCGGCGGCGGGCAGCGUGGUGCUGCGGGGCUCCAGUGUGGUGGAUAAUGAGGGCGCGAAUGGCGGCGGCGUCAUCGUCCGCACUGAUAUGUGCAACCAGACUGCCGCCGCCCUCAUGAGCGGCAACGGCACGCCGCAGUGCUUUGUGCUGGGCGGCGGCAACGCGAUCACGCGCAAUAACGCCACUGAGGGCAUAGGCGGCGGCCUGCUCGUGACCAACGCGUCCCUGGCGUUUACCGCCUGCUCGUCCGACGCCUCCCCCCUCGGCGCCGCCGCCCUGGUGCCGCUCGGCGACUGCCUCGCAAAGUCCGCCAGUCCCGCGGCGGGCGGGGCGAAGGGCGGCGCGAGCGCGGCGUCUCUCGGGCUUCCGUACAAUAACGUGGCCGAGGAUGAGGACACCGAUGAUCUGGGCAGCAUCGUGGCGAAGCUGGUGGUGUCCUGUGUGGAGCCCGCCGCGGCCUCGGCCGGGCCGGCGAAGGUGGUGGUUGAGGACUGGCAGGGCAGCAGGAUCGCGUCCGGCAGCGACGCCAACCUGGUGCUUCAGGCGCACGUGUUCAACGGGAUCAAGUGGCUCAGCGACAUUGUGACCGUCGGGAACUUCUCCAUCGCCCGCCGCGGAGUCGCAGAGUUCCCUUCGCUGCAGGUCAUGGCACCCCCCGGCAACUACCAGCUGCGCUUCGCGCCGCUCGCCCUGCAGCACCACAGCCUCGCGCCCGCCUCCCUCCCCCUGCGCGUCCGGGGGUGCGGCGUCGGGGAGGCGAACCUCACCGCGCUCGCCGGCGCGGCCGGCGCCGGCGCGGAGGGCGUGUUGGCCCCGUGCCAGCGGUGCCGGCCGGGUACAGUCAGCCUCGACCCUCUGGGCGCGGGCGGCUGCAACCUGUGCGAGAACUCCGCCCACGCAAACUGCACGGGCAGCGUGAUGCUGCCCAACGACGGGUGGUGGCACAGCCACCCGCGCAGCCCGCUGGUGCAGCGGUGCCUCGUCAGCGCGGCGUGCGAGCACAAGGGGAAGCUGCCCGCGAUGGCCGCGUGGGCGGUGGCGCACGCGGGGCGGACGAUCACUGAGCUGGAGCCCAUCUACAAGCAAUACGUGGAUAUGCAGUGUGCACCUGGAUAUACGGGCGUGCUCUGCGGCGAGUGCAGCGCGGGCUACGGCCGCCGCGGCCAGUUUUGCAGCCCUUGCUCCGGCGGCCACUUUGACAGGUUCGCCUACUUCAUGGCCCUCAGCUGGAUGUUCCUGCUGAUGUCACUCUCCGCGGUCUUCCACCUGAAACAGGCGAGCGGGGCCCAACCGCCAGUACCGCGGGUCAGCCAGAAGCGCAAGGAGCACCUGCAGGACCAGGCGUCGGCUUUCUUCAACGAAGGCCUCGCCCCUGCUCCCGGCUUUGCGCCGCGCGCCCUCAACGGGCACGCCGCCAGCGUGCUCCACGAGACAGAGGAGGGGCCGGAGGACCAGCUCGGCCCUUUUGCUGCGCCGGGCGCGUCGCUUGCGAGCGGCGGGGGCUCGCGCGGGGCCCCGUCGCACCUGAGCGGCCCGGAGGGCUCCAGGAACGUGCCGGUUUUCGCCAGCCCCGAGGUGUCUCGGAACCUCGCGCACCUCGAUUCCAGGAACAGCCAAGGGUUUGGCCGAGGUUUGGGGCAGGGCGCGCUGUCUGGCGAUCUGGGACCCUUCGCCGGCACUCCCAGUGUCACCCUUGACGCAGCCAGCCCCUUCGAGAACCAGCCCAGCGCCUUUGCCGCCCAGGCCGGCAGGAGCGGCGGCGGGGGCAGCUAUGGCGGCUACGGCGAUGGCGACGUCGACGCCGACGGCGGUGCCAGGGCUGCGGGCUCCAGGGUCAUGCGGCGCCAAAGGUCGAGCCUCAAGCGCAUCUGGAGCAUCGACACCGUCGACGGCCAGAGGGCGGCCGCCGCCUUGCUCCAACAGCCGUCCGUCGGCGCGGCGUCCAGCGGCCACCGCGGCACCCUCACCGGCACAGGCACGGCCGCCUCGGACGCGGCCGCGUCGGUGCCGGUGCCGCGCCGCAGCCAGACGUGGCUGUCCAACAUUUUCAAGCUGCUGAUCACGCACCUGCAGCUGCUGGGGCUGCUCAGGGGAAUCCAGAUGGACUGGCCCGGCGGUUUGGACAAGGCCCUGAGCUACGUGGACCAAACCCAGGCCUUCUCCACCUGGGUUGUCGUCGACUGCCUGUUCGGCGGCAACCAGCCCGGCAAUCCGGCAGGCCUGCGGCCAUCCAUCAUACGGAUCCUGGUGCUGCUGAUGCUGCCUAUCGGCGCGACGGCCCUGGGCGUCCUGUUCUGGCUGGGGGUCGGCUGCAUCCACUGGCUUUUCCGGAGGCAUGGCGGGCCCCGGGCCGUGCGGCGGCCCGUGGCCUGGUCCUACUACCAGCCGCGCAUCGUGAUGACGAUUGGCAUGGUGCUCUUCUACUUCUACCCGCAGGUCUCCGACGCCGUCGUGUCGAUCCUGGUGUCGUGCACCCCGGCCGACGAGCCCUCGAACGUCCCGCGGGGGUUCCUCCCAAUAGCGGGCCAGUCCAGCCCGGGCGGCAGCGUGCUGACGGCGCUCAAGGCGGUCGGCAGCUACUGGAACCUGGACACCCAUUACCAAUGCUUCGAGGGCCCGAUGAAGUGGAUGCUCGCAAUGGGGAUAGUGUGGCUUGUGCUGUUCUGCGCUGGCUUCCCUGUCACCAUGGCGCUCAUCCUGUGGGCCAACAAAUCAAAGCUGGAGGAAGAGCUGAUUGAGCUGAAGUACGGGUUCUUCUUCGAUUCGUACCGCGCCAAGUACUUCUUUUGGGAGUCAAUCAUGCUGCUGGAGAAGCUCGCGCUGUCACUAGUGCUGACCGGCACGGCGCGGUAUGGCGCCCCGCCGCAGGUUCUGGGCGCCCAGUGCGUCAUGUUCCUGUUCCUAAUGGUCCAGAUCAGGUGCCGGCCCUACGCCUGCCGCAUGCUGGACACGCUGCAGCUCGCCAGCCUCUACGCCCUCAUGGGCACGUCGUUCGUUAUGAUGGCCCCGGCCCUGAACGAGGUUAUGGCCGCCACCCUCGGCGCCAGCGACUUGACGACGUCGGCCGUCACCGGCGCCGCGCUGGGCGUCGCCGGCAUCCUGAACAUCUCGGUGGUGGUUGCCUUUGGCUACGCGAUGUACGUGGAGGGCCGCCGCAUGCUGCUGAUAGCGCUCGACAAGGACGGCGACGGCCGCAUCACCUGGGAAGAGAGCAAGACCUGGCUCUGGGCCCACCUGCCGCCGCUCGCGCGCCGCGCGCUGCCGCGCAGGCUGCGCCCCGCGGCGGCCGGCGGGCCCGGCGGGCCCGGCGGGGACGGCGGCAGGGGUGGUGCUGGCGGCGGCCAAGGGGAAAAGGCGGCGGCUACGGUGGUGCCGCCGUUUGGGCCGCCGCAGGAAUUUGUUGACGGGCCACCCACCUUGAAUGGGCGGGUCAUGGAUUGA